CACCAGGAAGCAAUUAUAUUGUUACUGGAACCGUGGCCUCUACAGCCAGCUCACAGAGAAGUUGAGACUAAAAGUAUUAGUUGUCUGUAAUCCAUACACACAAAAAAACAAAAACAGCGAUCAUGUCUUCCGUUGAGAUGCACGUGGAGACAUAUUUGUCGCGCAUCGGGUUUGCCGGCCCAAUAGAGCCCAGCCUGGAGGUGCUGUGGUCGGUCCACACCAGUCACCUGAUGUCGGUUCCGUUUGAAAACCUCACAGUGCACAGCGGCGGACGGAUUCAACUAGACCCCCCUCUUCUGUACGAUAAGAUCGUGAAGCAGCGCCGCGGAGGUUUCUGCUGUGAGAAUAACGGGCUCUUCUGCUGGCUGCUGGCCGAACUGGGCUUCCAGGUGACGCUGCUCUCGGGUCAGGUGAAAGGCACCACUGGCCGCUACGGCCCACCUUUCGACCAUUUGGUCCUGAUGGUGAGCCUCGACGGGCACCGCUGGCUGUGCGACGUCGGGUUCGGCACCGCGGGCUUUAGUGUCCCCCUUUCGCUGGAGACCAGCGGCCCCCAGGAGCAGGGCCACCGCGUGUACCGCAUCAGGAGGGACACGGGGAUGUGCUUUCUGGAGUGGCAACGGGAGGAGAACAAAGGGUCAGAUGGAGACUGGACAGAUAUCUACAAGUUCAGCCUUGAACCUCGGCGUCUGGAGGACUUUGACGAGAUGUGCCGGUACCACCAGAGCUCCCCUUGCUCCAUCUUCUUCUGCAAGUCCCUCUGCACCGUUUUAAAACCGGGCGGGAGGCUCACCUACAUCGGCCGCAAGCUGAGCAGCACCACAUUUCUAUCGGAAGAAGCCGGGGGAGUGCUGGAAACCACAACCAGGGACCUUGAAGAUGAGGAGAUACCUGGUGUUCUAGCAGAGAUGUUUGGAGUUGUUCUAAAUUCUCCACUCAUACCAAAGGAUGAGACAAUCACACCACCGCCAGUCAUGUAUUGAUAACGCUUUACACCUCCAUAGGGCGAACGUAUGUGAGAAAUGUAUCUUCUCAUUGAGAUGAAUGCAACAUUUUUAAAAUAAAAGUUUGAAGAAUUAAAAAAAAAAAAAAACAUACAGCAUUUUACAACACUUGCAACAAAAAAGAUAAAUUGUCAGUCUGAUUUAAUAAAUUAUACAUACACUUUUAAGAUGUACAAUGGUCAUUGCAUUAAUCCAUAUCCGUCUUUCUUUUUUCUUUUUUUUUUUAAAGACAAAGUCUGCGUUCAAAGUAUUUACACAUGUACAAUUAUCAGGCAGCACUUUACAAAGCAAGGCAUGAAUGACAAUACAGAUGUUGAGCUUCAUAUCAAACCUCUGACCCCCUCACCCUCCUGCCCACACCGUUUGUGUGAGGAAUUACUCAGCUGUCCCAUGAUUAUAAUACAUUUUCCCCAUCCCACCGUUGAUGGGCAUGACAAGGAACACAAGAAAUUGAACGACAUUCAUCAAAAUCCACGGGAGAUUCAAAAGAAUAACGGU